AUGAUGCACCUCACUUUUCUCCUCCUGAUCAUCCUCACAGAUGGGUCGUUCUGUAAGGAAGUGUGUAGUUACCAGGAUGUAGUGGACUACCUGAACCUGACCGCAGACAACAGUGUGUUCAAAAUGACCCGACCCGUUCUGGACUACAAACACCCCACCGUGGUGCAGCUGGACAUCCUCCUCUAUGCCAUCCUGGCUGUGAUUGAGAAAACGCAAACUUUUAUUCCUUUUGUCUGGGUAAUAAUGAUGUGGAACAAUGAACGCAUUUCAUGGGACCCUGCUCAGUUUUGCGGAAUCACUCAGGUUUCAGUUCCUAUGGAAAUGCUCUGGAAACCAGACCUCUUUAUCCAAGAGAUGAUACAAAAGGAUGACUCCACUCAAAAUCCGUACAUGUACGUGUACCACGACGGGAAGGUCGUUGUUGAAGAGGGCUUGAAGGUGGUCAGCACUUGUAAAAUGGACGUGCACAAGUUCCCCUUCGACACGCAGAGCUGCAACAUCUCCGUUGGAUCUGCAAUACACUGUGUUGACGAGAUCCGUCUCCGUCCUUUCUCCAACACGUCUCGGGUCACCCAGUUCUCCCAAGAGCUGAUAAAGACUCAGGGAGAGUGGGAGUUCCUCCAACUGUCUGUUUCCGGCCACAAUUUCACCUUCGGCGAUAGGUCGUGGAACAUUCUCAUAUACACUUUCACCAUGAAGAGGAGGCCCCUCCUCCAUGUCACCAACUUCAUGUUGCCCGUCCUGUUCUUCCUGAUUCUGGACCUCGCCUCCUUCUUCAUCGCAGACCAUCGAGGAGAGAAGCUGGGCUUCAAAGUCACCGUUUUGCUGGCCAUCUCCGUCCUGCUGCUCAUCCUGAAUGACAUCCUGCCCUCCGUAUCCAACAAGACUCCACUCAUAGCGACCUACUGCAUCGUGAUUUUUGCUCUGAUGCUGCUCAGCGUGCUGGAGACGAUCUUGGUUACAUACCUCAUGGAGAAAGACUCCCAGGAGAAGCUCGGUCUGAGUGACGACAGGGAGGUCCAACGAGAGGCAGUCAAGAACCGUAACACAGAGGAGAAAAAACAAACGCGCUGUUUGUGCGUCUGCAAAGCGUCUGAUGAGUUGCUGCCGGUGGCUCAAGAGGUUGUCAGCGGCAUUCAGUCAGUAGAGUUUAAUGCAUUACUGCUGAUCCUGGAGGAGCUGAAGGGGCUGCAGAAUACUUUGACUCUGCGCCUCAGCUGCAGACAGAACAGAGGGAAGUUCAGCCAAUGGGCCGCAAGAAUCAACAGAGCUUUCUUCAUUUUCUACGUCACCACCGUGCCAGUGUUUCUGUCCCUCAUCUUCAUCGCAUGGAACACUUAGAAAUGUAAAAUAAUACCUCGUAGUACUUUUUUUGUGUAACACCUUUAUGUCAACACGUAAUGUAAAACAAUUUAGAAUCUAGAAGUCGUGCCACGUUCUGUAUUUACAGUAUUUCGUUGUGAAUCUAUUUUAUGUAGUUUGAAAUGAGAUAACGUUUCUUUAGUUGAAAGUGUAUUGACACGAUCCUGUAGACGUGGGGUGCUGAGAUUUAUACCGCUGAUGAAAACUUGGUUCAUUUUUGCAAUGACGAAAACGUCACUGCAGAGUCCAGUUUAAUGCAUUGCCUUUGAAUAUGAUUGUAUAAAAUCUGUAGUGAAUAAUCCA